ACACGGUCGGUCACAACGCCGCCUGACUCCAAAUUAUAAGUUAAAUUUGCGACAAAACGAAGGAAACAAAACAGUGCACAAUGAGUGAGCAGAAAACAAGUGGGUCGCCGUCCCCAACGACCACAAAGGAUAACGCGGCCGCCAGGCAGAAAAUCGAAACGGAAUAUAACAAUAAAAAGACUGGAUCGGGCUGGCAUCGCUUCUACAAGGAAAUCUCUGAGAAAUGUGAUCGCGGGGCAAAAGUGCAACAGUUUAGUACACUGGAAUCGGAGCGGUCUCAGAACCGAGGCCUGAAUCGAUAUAGGGAUGUGAAUCCCUAUGAUCACUCGCGGAUUGUUCUAAAGCGCGGCAGUGUGGACUACAUCAAUGCCAAUCUGGUGAAGCUUGAGCGUGCCGAUCGCCAGUACAUACUGACCCAGGGUCCCUUGGAAGAUACUGUGGGGCACUUCUGGCUGAUGGUCUGGGAGCAAAAGUCCAGCGCCAUUCUCAUGCUCAAUAAGCUUAUGGAGAAGAAGCAGAUCAAAUGCCACCUGUACUGGCCGAAUCAGCUCGGACCGGAGAAGGCCCUCAAGCUGCCCAACGUUCAGCUCACCGUGGAGCUUGUGCGCUGCGAGACGUAUCAGAACUUUGUACGGCGGUGGUUCAAAUUAACCGAUCUCGAAACGCAGAAGAGCCGCGAGGUGAUGCAGUUCCACUACAUCACAUGGCCAGAUUUUGGCAUUCCCAGUUCGCCAGAUGCAUUCCUGAAAUUCUUGCAGCAAGUACGUGACUCUGGCUGCCUCAGCAACGACGUCGGUCCGGCCGUGGUGCACUGCAGUGCCGGCAUUGGUCGCUCGGGCACUUUCUGCCUGGUUGACUGUUGCCUCGUGCUCGUGGACAAGCACGGGGAGUGCAAUGUGUCGCAGGUUCUGUGCGAGCUGCGCAGCUACCGCAUGGGACUGAUACAGACAUCCGACCAGCUGGACUUUUCCUAUCAGGCCAUCAUCGAGGGCAUCAAGAAACUGAACGAUCCCAGCUUUCUCGACGCUAAGGAACCAAUCAUUGGCAAUGAGACAGAUACACAUGCACAGGAUGAGCUGCCGCCUCCGCUGCCGCCUCGGACACAUUCGCUGAAUUUGCCGCUGGCCCCCAACGCGGGCGGAGUUCUCUCGCUGAACAUGCGAGCCGCCCAAUCCAAUGGCGAGGAGGUGGCUGCCGAAAACAUUGGCGACAAGCCCUCGGUGCUGAGCAGCAAGGAUGCACUGAACAAUUUUAUCAAUCAGCACGAGAUCAUCAACGCUGAGGUGGCCGACAGUCUGCGUCCCUUGCCGCCGUUGCCGUCUAGACCUUUAAGGUCGUUGCAGGAGUCGGAUAGCGAUGAGGACUACGACCUAGAUGAGGAAGACGAUGACGAUGAUGAUGACGAAGAGGACGACGAUGUUGACGAGGAGUACGAGACCAUUAAUGAGCUCGAUGUGGAGCCCGUCAAUGGAAAUGUAUCGACGACGACACCCCAAGCCGAUGAUGUGAAUGCCAAUAGCGAGAAGCCAGCAGCACCUGCCGAACAGCACAAGGCCAAUGGUAUUGACACAGCGGGCCAGACUCCAGCGAGUCCUGAGAACGAGCUAAAGCGACGAAAACGCACCGAACAGCAGGCCCAUCUGCAGAAGCAAAUCAACAACAUGAAAAGGAAGCUGCGGGAGAGCGAGGACAACCAGAAGGCGUCAAAAAAAGGAAGGUCAUUACUCACAUAUAUUGCGGCUGGUGUUGUGGUGGGCGUGAUUUGCGCAUACGCAUACACGAAGCUAGGUUAAGUGCCCACCCCCCAUCCCCAGUCCCACCUACCCACUAAGUAGAUGUAGACCUAGCCAUUGAGUAGGCAUUAGUAGCAAUAGCAGUAUGACGCCCGUUGCCGCGGGACACCGAUCCUCGGCAGCUCGCCACGAGCGUCACGAACGUCACGCGUCGGGUCGCAUUGUGAGUCUCUCAUCGAGCCUCGGGCUAACAUCUAAUGUCAGCACGGAUCGGAUUGGAUCGCCUCGCAACGCAAUCAUCCCGACGAUUGGGUUGAAAGAACGAUACGAUACACAUAAUGCAUAUAUAUUAGGGAAUUUUUUUACGAGUAUAUGAAACAAAACAAACGAAGAAAGAAGCAAGAGCAAAAGUAAAAACUAAGCGAAAAUCGGGUAGAAAUCACGUAACAAGUAGAUUUUGCGCAAUAGACUGACAUUUUAGAUCAAAUUUAUUUUUUUCAUUUUAAUAAUGGAAAUACUUAAAUAACAAAACCCUGAAGAGAACCCCGGAAACCCAGACUUCCUGCACAUAUUAUAGUUUUCGACACCCCGCACAUACCCCUACACCAACACCAACACCCAAAUCCGAAAUCCGAAAUCCACCCAAAUCACAUCCUUCGCUCGCUAUGCAAUAAAAAUUGAUUCACGAAUCCUAUAUCUAUUAUAUUUACGAGCCACGAUCCAGACAGACACACACGCCCACGCGCUUCACUUGUUGUUGUACAGCAAUUUCUUAUCGCAUACGACUUACAUAUGUAUGUACAAUUAUUUAUGAAGAUUUACGUGAAGAUCAAACACUUGUUGUAGUAGUACCAUGGCAAACAAACGAAAUGCAGCAAUGUGCCAAAAAAGGAAAGCAAAAAGAGAAAACGAACAUAAGAACAAUGUGAAAAGCCCCUUCAUGACUUUAAAUUAUACUUUGCUCCGGAUCCCUUCCUUUCCCACAUUUUAAUUGUUGUUUUUAACGAUUUAUCAUACAAUGCACCCUACAAAAACGAAAGGAAGAAAGAACGAACGAAGAAAUGCAGCGCCAUUGAAGCAAUAAUAAAAAGUAAUGCAAAAUAGCACAAAAAACUACGAGUAAAACACUAUGAUUAUGAUAUAUCUAUAUACAUAUAUAUACGAUACGUGUAGGUUUUGCUAUAGCAAAAUCAUUUAUAUAUUUUUUUUUUGUAUUCUACUAUAAACGAAACGAAAAAUUAUAAGGAAUCAGAAUCAGAAUGAGAACCGGGAGUAACUAUACAAUGGUUUUGCCCCCAUAGAUUAAGUGUGUAUGUCCCGUAGAACUAGAACCGCAGAAUAGAAAGAGAACGAAUGCGUGCAAGAAUACCUACCAUAAGAGUUAUUUUUUAUAUAUGUGUAAUCCACAAUUUAUCGAAGAAUUCAACUAACCAGAUGCUGCAGAGAAACUACAUUAAACAGAGACGGACAUUAAAUAAACGAAAGAAAGUGCAAUGACACGCAAUGGCUGAAUAAAAAGUGGAAUGGAAUCGGAUGAUCAGUGGAGCGAAGUUGAGAGAGAGGGAUAACUUUUAUAAACUUAAACUAAUAAACGAAAAAUACAUAUUUAUAUAAAGUAUAUUUAACGAGUAACAACAUGAACAAUACCUAUAGUAAUGCCUAGUUAACUGAACAAUUGGUUAAGUACACACACAAACAUACGAAAUCCCCCCACUCCCACAACACAACACACCACACCACACCACACAACGAACCACACACGCAAUACAACAAUAUAAGCCUAUAUGAGAGAUGAACGAACAGAGAGAAGUGAGAGAAAGUAUUCAAAUAAAGCUAUAUAUGUAUAAGACACCAAGAA